UCACAGUGUUCGGAGUUGUCAAUUGACCCGGACACAAAAACAAAGUGCUCUCCCUUGUUCCUGCGCCCCCUAGCGUCGUCUGCAAACGAGUGGAAUCUGUGGUUGUGACAGGAUGGCUGAAAAAUUUCUUCCUCACUACGCUGAUGGUGAAGUGGUGAAAGGGUUUGGUCGUGGCAGCAAGGAGCUUGGUAUUCCAACAGCCAACUUCCCCGAGGAUAUUGUGGAGAAGCUACCGGCAGAUCUGCCGACUGGAGUUUACUACGGCUGGGCCAACGUGGACGGUGGAGACGUACACAAGAUGUGCAUGAGUGUGGGCUGGAACCCCUACUACAAGAACACCAAGAAGACCAUGGAAACACACAUAAUGCACCAGUUCCCGGAAGAUUUUUAUGGAUCACGACUGAAGAUUGUAAUGGUGGGUUACAUCCGGCCCAUGUCGACAUUUGCAUCUCUAGAUGAAUUAAUUACGGCCAUAAGAAACGAUAUAUCAGAAACAGACAAGAAGCUGGAUGAACCAGAAGCACAGCACUUUAAAGUCAACAACUUCUUUGCAACCUCUUGAUGUUGGCUUCCUUUAGAUUUCAUACACACAAUCGUCCAACCUCAUUAAAAUCAGAACUUUGACGACCAUACAUAUAUAUCUCUGCGUGAAAAUUUAACAAACCCUCCAAAGGAGGACGUGUUGGGUCAACCCUCUGUAGGAGGUCAUGUCAGGUUAACUAUCAUGAUUCGGAAAGUUUGAUCUCAAAUAAAAAACCCACUAAUAUGCCUUCGGUUGUUAACACUUUUGGGUGAAGAUGUCACGGCACUUUUCAGAAACAAUAGAGGGGUGUACAAAGUUUCCACAACAAUAUUAAUGGUUCUGCUUUUAUUAUGUUCCAUUUGGAACUGUCCCUUUUUAUUUGUUUUUGAGAGACAAAAUUCAGACAUGCACCCCUGAUAGCUUUGCUUGCUUGUAUCGAGAAUUCAGAUGCAGUGAUUGGCUGAUUCGAAACAUUUUCUCCCGUUAAGGGUUUGCCAGAUUUUCAGUCAGAUAGGUAUCGCAUCAGAGCAAUUAUUUACUCAGAGUGUCAAAUUUGGAAAUUUGGCAACAUUGAUAUUAUGUUUUACUAUGUUUUUAGUUCAGAAAUAUUAUGGUGUAUAUUUAGUUCAAAACAUGAAUCAAUAUUUCACUUGAGUGUUAUACCAAUAUGUGCCGGAACUGCUUUCAACAGCAUCAAUGAGGCGAAGAUCAGUAAUGUGUGAUGUGUGUAACAUUCGACUUUUCUUGUCAAAUAAUAAUUUGAUCUCAUCUUGUGAUAACUGGUGACCUGUGUCCAAAUUGACAGUUACUAACAGUUUGAAUAAUUUAUUUCCCUCUAGCUCCAAGCAAGUUUCAUCUUUGUGAAUUAGACAAGACUUUGCAGAUGGAACUGAUUCAGCCAAAACUCUGUGUGUUGACUUUGCAGGCGUUAGGAAUAUAGCUGAGACUUUGCAGGUGUAACUGAUUUUGCCGAUUUAGCAGAUGUAAUUGAUUUAGCCAGGACUGUGCAGGUGUAACAGAUUGAGCUGAGACUAUGCAGGUGUAACAGAUUUAGCCGAGACUCUGCAGUGUAACAGAUUUUGAAAAGACUCGGCAGGUAUAACAGAUGUGGGCCGAGACUCUGCAGUGUCACAGAUUUUGAAAAGACUCGGCAGGUAUAACAGAUUGAGCCGAGACUCUGCAGUGUAACAUAUUUUGAUAAGACUCGGCAGGUAUAACAGAUUGAGCCGAGACUCUGCAGUGUAACAGAUUUUGAAAAGACUCGGCAGGUAUAACAGAUGUGGGCCGAGACUCUGCAGUGUCACAGAUUUUGAAAAGACUCGGCAGGUAUAACAGAUUGAGCCGAGACUCUGCAGUGUAACAGAUUUUGAUAAGACUCGGCAGGUAUAACAGAUUGAGCCGAGGCUUUGCAAGUGUUGGGCUCAAUCUUCCACUUGUCAGUGAGUGUCAGGUAGAUAGGUGAUCUGUCAACAUUGAGCCUCAGAAUGUAUACAAUCUGACGUACUAGAAUCUCUGUAAAUUAGAAUUGACAGAGAUUGUUGAGCCUCUGAUUGUGUAUGAAGUAAUGUAUCAUGUGGGAUCUGGUAUUAUUGUACCUUGCUCGAUCCGAUACGUAUCAUGAUACUUGCGUGUGCUCUCAUCUGUGGCGCGUAUGACAUAUUUUUCAAGGACAGAUGUGCCAGAUACCUGGCACACCAACGAUUUACAGUUGGCAGUGUCACGUGUGGCACAGUGGAUAAAAAUAUUUACAUUUUCACUUCUAAUUUGUGUCCGGGAUAACAGUUAUUGAAGCAAACAUUUAGGUUUACUCAGUGUACGACUGUAAUGAAUACUUUCACGAGAAUAAAUUUGCAUCGAUGCAUC